AUGAGUAUAGGGCAAUUUUGCAAGGCUGGACCAGCUGUAGCCUAUGGGUGGAUUAGACCUGCAUUUCAGGGUAUUGGAUGGUCAAUGGCUAUGUUAUCUCUUUUAAUUGGAAUUUAUUAUAAUGUUAUAGAUUAUAACUGGGAAUUCUAA